AUGGAUUCUAACAUUGCCGAAUCAUGGAAUGCAGUCGUCAAAGAAGCACACGAGUUCCCACUCAUCUCUAUGUGUGAGUACAUACGUACAACCCUCAUGAGCUGUUUUGCCCUUAGGCGUGCCAAGGCAAUGGAGCAUAAGGGUACACUAACACCGAAGGUUCAGAGCCAGGUUGAAUUAAACUUCGAAGCCUCAACUUCGCUGGCGGUUUGUGGAAUAAGUGAAACAGAGUUUCAAGUGAUGGCCCAAAGUGGAGAGUGUUUCUUGGUGAACCUUUUAUCGGGAACAUGCUCAUGCAAAAUGUUCGAGGAGCUACAUAUUCCAUGUCGUCAUGCGGUGGCUGCAGCAGGCCGCACAAAUAUCUCAACCGAAGGAUUGGCAGAUGUGACGUAUUAUGCUGACACAUGGCAUAGUUCUUACGAGGCCAAGAUUUACUCCAUUCCAUCUGUAGGUGGAAACGAAGUUGGAGGAAGCCAUAAAGGAGACUUGCUUCCCCCUGAUGUUAGGAGACCGCCGGGAACGCCCCGCAAAGCACACAUAUUGUCGAGGGGAGAAGAUAAGCAUGCUCCAAUGACGGGAGGGAGGAAAUGCACUAGAUGCAGGGGGGAAGGCCACAACAAGGCCUCCUACCAUAAUGCCAUAUAA